CUGUGCUUCGUUUAGUAUUUCGCCGCCGCCUGCUCUGUAAACUAACUAGGUACUUACUCAGUGACAACUGGUUUAAAAUUUUGAAUUUCGCGAUGUGGACAGUGCGGUGGAGUGGUUUAACAUUACUGAUUUCUUUGACUGUGAUACGUGCUCAGAUAGAGGACGAUUUUUCGGACUUGCCAGGUCCUUACUGUGAAUCAAGAAACACCUGCUGUGAUGGACGGCAAGAUGAGUGUGCAGUACCUAUUUUAGAAACUUUAUGCUACUGUGAUUCUUUCUGUAACGCUACUGGUACGGGAAGUCACAAUGAUUGCUGUCCUGAUUAUUACUCCUUCUGUCGGGGAGUUGUUAGGACCACAACUUUCAGACCAUCCACAAGACCUCCACCGGAUUUUCCUGGAUUUAUUUUAAGAUGCGACUAUAAGGGUAAAACCCAUCGCCCUAACCAGCCUUUUAAAGACAACUGUAACACAUGUACUUGCGUAGAUGCAGGUGGAAGGGCUGAAAUACAAUGUGAACAAAACACUUGUCUUGUAGAUGAUAAAAUAAUAUACACUGUCAACAAUAAACCUGAUUUGGGAUGGACUGCUACAAACUACAGUGAUUUUUAUGGUAGAACUUUGGAUGAAGGAAUGACCUUAAGGUUGGGAUCACUUCGUCCCUAUGCUGUAAGCGAAAUGUUACCAACAAUUAAAAAAAAUAAUGAUCCAAGUCGGCUGCCCAGGGAAUUUGAUAUUGAAAGAAAAUGGAGUGGGGUUGGGUUGACCAAAAUUCAAGAUCAAGGUUGGUGUUCUUCAUCUUGGGCGGUUUCUUCGACUUCGGUAGCCUCAGACAGAUUUUCCAUAAUAUCACAAGGUAUGGAACGAGUACAAUUAAGCACCCAAAAUUUGUUAUCGUGUUUUAAAGGGAGGAAAAUACACGAAACCUGUAAAGCUGGAAGGGUAGAUCAGGCAUGGCAGUUCAUGAAGAAAUUUGGAGUUGUAGAUGAGCCUUGUUUCCCAUACCUAGGAAAGGAAAAAACCUGCACAAUCAAAAUGAGGGGAGAUCUUAGAAGAGCAAAUUGUGCUGCUCCAUCUAGCGGAAGGACGCAAAGAUAUAAAGUAGGACCUGCCUACAAGCUUCGCAAUGAAACUGAUAUUAUGUUCGACAUAAUGAAAUCUGGACCUGUACAAGCUACCAUGAAAGUGCACCAUGACUUUUUUUCGUACAGAUCUGGAAUUUAUCAACUUAGUGACCUAAGUUUGUACGAUGAUCAAAAAUAUGUCAAUGAAAUGCACUCAGUAAAAAUAGUUGGAUGGGGUGAAGAAAACACUAUCAAUGGAGUUAAAAAAUACUGGAAAGUUGCAAACAGCUGGGGCAGACAUUGGGGUGAAAACGGAUAUUUCAGGAUAGCAAGGGGAGUAAACGAAUGUGAAAUUGAAACUUAUGUGGUCGGAGUCUGGCCUGAAAUCGAAGAACAUAUUGAACUCAACAGUAGAUAUUUUUCGGAAAACCGGAUUUAAUAUGAACUUUUUUACAAACUUUAAUGUGUUCGAAUAAUUUUAAGGUUGUAUAGUAAAUAGUUUUUUGCAACUGCCAAAUAACACUGCAUUUUUUAAUACUUUUUAGUGUGAUUUUAUUAUUUAUUUGUAACAUUGUGAUAGUUAUUCAUCAAGUAUGAAGCAAUAGGUGGUAUAUUUUUGUAUAUUGAAUUA